CGCCCCCCUCCGGCCCCGCCUCCCUCUGGUAUUUUCGGGACUUUCCUAAGCUGUUCUAACUUUCCUGCCGCUUCCCCGGCCCAACCCAGCCCAGCUCCGGAUCUCGUUCUCCACCGGAUCUCGCCCGCCACACCCGGACGGGUGGCUGGAAGAGAUCAGACCCUCCCCCAAAUCUGGGCUCCCCUUGCCCCCCCAACUCCUGCCCUGAUCUGUCUCUCCCCUUCCCCCGCCAGUCCCUCCCCCCUCCCCCCCUAAGGCGGACGCCUGAAACUCUGGGAAACAGAACCCGGCCGGAGCCACCAGACAGAGCCGGGCCUAGCCCAGAGACAUGGAAAGUUGCUACGACCCAGGUCUGGAUGGCAUGAUUGAAUACGAUGAUUUCAAAUUCGACCCGUCCAUUGUGGAGCCCAAGGAGCCAGCCCCAGAGACAGCUGAUGGCCCCUACCUGGUAAUAGUGGAGCAGCCUAAACAGCGUGGCUUCCGAUUUCGAUAUGGCUGUGAAGGCCCCUCCCAUGGAGGAUUGCCAGGUGCCUCCAGUGAGAAGGGCCGGAAGACUUAUCCCACAGUCAAGAUCUGUAACUACGAGGGACCAGCCAAGAUCGAGGUGGACCUGGUAACACACAGUGACCCGCCUCGUGCUCAUGCCCACAGCCUGGUGGGCAAGCAAUGCUCGGAGCUGGGGGUCUGCGCCGUGUCUGUGGGGCCCAAGGACAUGACUGCCCAAUUUAACAACCUGGGCGUCCUGCAUGUGACCAAGAAGAACAUGAUGGAGAUUAUGAUACAAAAACUUCAGAGGCAGCGACUCCGCUCCAGGCCCCAGGGCCUUACGGAGGCCGAGCGGCGGGAGCUGGAGCAGGAGGCUAAGGAGCUGAAGAAGGUGAUGGACCUGAGCAUUGUGAGGCUGCGCUUCUCUGCCUUCCUUCGAGCCAGUGAUGGCUCCUUCUCCCUGCCCCUGAAGCCAGUCAUUUCCCAGCCCAUCCACGACAGCAAGUCUCCUGGGGCCUCAAACCUGAAGAUUUCUCGAAUGGACAAGACAGCUGGCUCUGUGCGGGGUGGAGAUGAGGUUUAUCUGCUUUGUGACAAGGUGCAGAAAGAUGACAUUGAGGUUCGGUUCUACGAGGAUGAUGAGAAUGGAUGGCAGGCCUUUGGGGAUUUCUCUCCCACAGAUGUUCAUAAACAGUAUGCCAUUGUGUUCCGGACACCACCCUAUCACAAGAUGAAGAUUGAGCGUCCUGUAACCGUGUUCCUGCAACUGAAACGCAAGCGUGGGGGGGAUGUCUCGGACUCCAAACAGUUCACCUAUUACCCUCUGGUGGAAGACAAGGAAGAGGUGCAGCGGAAGCGAAGGAAAGCCUUGCCCACCUUCUCCCAGCACUUCGGGGGUGGCUCCCACAUGGGUGGAGGCUCUGGGGGCUCAGCCGGAGGUUAUGGAGGAGCUGGAGGAGGAGGUGGCAGCCUCGGCUUUUUCCCCUCCUCCUUGGCCUAUAGCCCCUACCCGUCCGGCUCGGCCCCGAUGGGCUGCUACCCGGGAGGCGGGGGCGGGGCGCAGAUGGCCGCCGAGGCGCCUGGCGUGGAUGCCGGGGAGGAAGCAGCAGAGCCGAGCGCGUCCCCUCUGACCCCCCAGCGCGAACCGCUGACCCCGGAGCUGCUGCAGCGAGGUACGGCCCCUAAAAUCCGGGCGGCCGGGGCGCUUCGGGUGGGGACCAAGCCCGCGCCCACGUCCCUGUUGCCCCCAGCCCGGGAGUACAACGCACGCCUCUUCGGCCUGGCGCAGCGCAGCGCCCGAGCCCUGCUCGACUACGGCGUCACGGCGGACGCGCGCGCGCUGCUGGCGGGACAGCGCCACCUGCUGACAGCUCAAGACGAGAACGGAGACACGCCGCUGCACCUAGCCAUCAUCCACGGGCAGACCAGUGUCAUCGAGCAGAUAGCCCAUGUCAUCUACCACGCCCGGCACCUUGGUGUUGUCAACCUCACCAAUCACUUGCACCAGACGCCGCUGCACCUGGCGGUGAUCACUGGGCAGACAGGCGUGGUGAGCUUCCUGCUGCAGGUGGGCGCAGACCCGGCACUACUGGAUCGGCAUGGAGACUCCGCAGUGCACCUAGCGCUCCGGGCUGGUGCCAGUGCCCCUGAACUGCUGCGUGUCCUUCUGCGCAGUGGGGUUCCCGCUGUUCCCCAGCUGUUGCACAUGCCAGACUUUGAGGGCCUGUACCCAGUACACCUGGCGGUCCGUGCCCGAAGCCCCGAGUGCCUGGAUCUGCUGGUGGACAGUGGGGCUGAAGUGGAGGCUGCAGAGCGGCAGGGGGGCCGAACAGCCCUGCAUUUAGCCACAGAGAUGGAGGAGCUGGGGUUGGUCACACAUCUGGUUACCAAGCUCCGUGCCAAUGUGAAUGCCCGCACCUUUGCGGGAAACACACCCCUACACCUGGCAGCUGGACUGGGAUCUCCCACCCUCACCCGUCUCCUUCUAAAGGCUGGUGCUGACAUCCACGCAGAGAAUGAGGAGCCCCUGUGCCCACUGCCUUCGCCCCCCACCUCUGGUAGUGACUCAGAUUCUGAGGGACCUGAGAGGGACACCCGAGGCAGCUUCCGGGGCCACACACCUCUUGACCUCACUCGCAGCACCAAGGUGAAGACCUUGCUGCUAAAUGCUGCUCAGGACACCACAGCACCCCCCCUGACCCCUCCCAGCCCUGCAGGGCCAGAGCUGCCCCUUGAGGAUACAGUCCUACAGAACCUGGAGCAUCUGCUAGAUGGGCCAGGAGCCCAGGGCAGCUGGGCAGAGCUGGCAGAACGGCUGGGGCUGCGCAGUCUGGUGGAUACAUAUCGGAAGACAGCUUCACCCAGCGGCAGCCUCCUACGCAGUUACAAGCUGGCUGGUGGGGACUUGGCGGGCCUGCUGGAUGCCCUGUCUGAAAUGGGCCUGGAGGAAGGAGUGAAGCUGCUGAGGGGCCCUGAGGCCCGAGACAAGCUGCCCAGCACAGAGGUGAAAGAGGACAGUGCAUACGGGAGCCAGUCGGUGGAACAGGAGACAGAGAAGCUGGGCUCACCCCCUGAGCCACCAGGAGGGCUCUGCCACGGGCACCCCCAGCCUCAGGUGCACUGAACUGCUGCCCACCCACCAGCUCCCCUCCCUGGGCCCCUCUGUACAGCAUCCCUACCUAUUCUAGUUCUUAUUUAACACCCCAUGCCCACCCCUCAGUUGGGGCAAAUAAAGAUUCUCAUCGGAAAGGGAGGGUGCUUGGCUCCCUCCCUAACUUAUGGCA